CACGAAUAUUCAUGGAGUGAGGGAGUAUAACGGAGUACCUGCGUAAGGAGGCAGUAAUACUUCAUAGAAACAUCCCAUUAUCUCCCCCCAGUCCCCCACACUGGUCAAUUAGCUUUGCCUUCAUUCUCUACAGUUUCAUCGUGAUAGAUUCAGAUAGGAUGGAUUGGGAAGGGCAAAAGGCAGCGGAGCAACUGAUGCAGAUACUGCUGGUGUCAUCUGCACUUGUGGCACUGUUCGUAGGCUAUGCGUUGGGUUCUUUUCAGACCAUGAUUCUCAUCUAUGGCGGCGGCGUUGUGCUCACAUCUUUGAUCACUGUUCCAAACUGGCCCUUCUUCAACCGUCACCCUCUCAACUGGCUGGAUCCUCUCGAAGCCGAAAAGCACCCCAAACCACAGGUUGCUUCUACCAACUCUUCUUCUAAAAAGAAAUCAUCCAAGAAGUAGCAAGUAGAUGAAUUGAAGAAAGAUGUGUCUGGAUUACCAGACAUAUCUUAUCUUCGAACCGAAUUUGGAUAGAAGAAAGAAGCAUUUUUUUUUGGGUUUAAGCUUGACCUUGGACUUCAUGGAUUUCUUCUUGUUGCUUACUGUUACGAAUAUACUACUUGCCAAAAAAUGCUAUUACCAUAAUCUUUCCCUCUAUUUAUAUUGUCCUUCACCUUAUCUUUUUUUAGGGAUCUUAAUCUCAGAAAAAUAUGCAUUUCAAAGGUAAAGAUAUUGUUGACUAGGGAUUAGUUUACUUU